CGCAAUCGCAUUGUUGGAUCGGUUGCUGCGCACCACUGGCUUUGGGCAGCGCUGCUGGAUGAUGGGGAGCGACAGCAACCCUGGGCUUGGCUGGGUUGGAAAGGCCGGGUAUGGGGUGAUGGCGCUGGCACUGUCCAGCAUCCACAACGUGUUCUUGAUCUACCAUGUGGAUGCAUAUGUGAACGCGUUUGGCAUAUCCUUCGGCGGGUUCUGGGUGGCCGAGUUGGUGUUCCUCGCCUACAACUCCAUCAACGAUCUCAUCUGGGGCAUGAUCGCAGACACCAAUGUGCAUGCAGACAGACAAGACACGCGCGGCCUCACCCGACGCAUCAGGAACACGGUGUUGGGUGGCAUUGGCAUGGCCGUGUCGUUCUUUGUGCUGUGGUUCCCGUACACGACCGAGUGGAUCGCCGUGCAGUUCUGCAUCAACCUCAUCCUCUAUGACACCUUCCUCACCUGGGUUGAGCUCAACUACUCAGCGCUCAUGGCCGAUCUCACCGUGGACUCGAAAGAAAGGAGCGAUUUGACGGCGUGGCGGUCCAUCUGCAGUCUCAUUGGCUGCGCAUCUGUCUUUUUGUCCUUUGUCGUGUGGGAUGUACAUGAUCUCACCAACUUCAGGUGGCUGGCGACAGUGCUCGCGGCCUUCUCAGGGACUGCGUUCGUAUUGGGAGGAGCCGUGCUCAGGGGUGUUGUCAGCCAGAGCGCGCGUGCAGCGUCAUCAACAUCAUCGUUCACAUACGAUGAGCACGACAACAUCGCUGCCCACAUAUCACAGCCUUCAUCAUCAUCAUCAUCGUCAUCGUUAUCAUCGUCAUCGUCGUCGUGGUCUGUCAGCGUGCGGCGCUGGUGGCGCGACUUUCGCCGUCUCGUCUCCGGCCACAACUUUGCCUGGUUCUCUCUCCUCCACUUUCUCCAGGUCUUCAACUGCCACUUUAACAGCAACUUCUUCCCGCUCGCCCUCGCUGUUCUCCUUGGGGAUCACCUCUCGCCACUGCAUCAGAGCCUGCUGCUCGGAUUGUCGUUUACACUUCCACACAUCAACAACGUCCUCUUUUCCUCGCUCGUCAAGCAGCACGGGACGUAUGCUGUGAUUGCGGUACUGCUGGGCACGAAGCUAGUGCUGAGUGGGGGCGUUGCCGCUGCGGGCCUCUCGUCCUGGAUCCUCACCGCUCUCUUCAUCGCAAGCAACAGAAUAUUCACAGAGGGCACGUGCAAACUGCUUGGUCUUGUCGUGUCGGACCUCGUGGAUGAGGACUUUGUGCGCAACCGACGAUCAAAUUCCCUCUCCGCCUUUGUGUUUGGAACAGCAAACUUCCUCGCAAAGCCUGGGCAGACGCUGGCGCCUAUCGUAGGAUCCUACAUCCUCGCCUCCGUUGCUCCUGGACUGUUGUUCCGCAGCGAAAUGUCAGGGCCAUAUGCACCCAAUCGCAACACACAUGACACUGAACAUGGUCAAGAGGAACAGGACACAGGCGACACCACAGCUGUAUCCACAGAAGCCAAGGAGGGCCUGUUCUAUCUGAUGACGCUGCUGCCGCUCGCCUGCGCGUGUGUGCAGCUCUUUGCCUGGUGGCAGUACAAACUCCACGGGAGCGCCCUCUCCCUCAUGAAAAUGCGGGCACAGGACAACUCCGCCCUGCUCAAGCAAGUGUGACCCGCUCUGCAAUUGUUUUUUUCGCUUCUUCGCUGGCCCGGAUGGAGCGGGAAGGUUGCACGAGUGUGUGUUUGUUGCACACAUGGGCGUUAUGCGUUGGAUAGGUCAGCAAUAAAUGAACCCGCCA